AUGCAGCCUUUUACCAAAUUUUUUAAGGAAAAGAUUAGAAUUGCUCCAACAAUCUCAGCCAAAGGUGAAAUUGGAGAAAUUCGAAAUGGACUAGUCUCUUCCUAUCCUCAAACAAGAAAGGAUGCCAUCAAAACUACAAUUAAACAAAUGACAUUAGGCAAAGAUAUGUCUAAAUUAUUUCCUGAUAUUGUUAAAAAUAUUGCUACCAAUGAUAUUGAACAAAAGAAAUUGGUGUAUCUAUAUGUACUAAAUUAUGCUGAUAUUUAUCCAGAGUUGUGUAUUUUAAUCGUAAAUACGUUUGUCACUGAUUCAAGAGAUCCAAAUCCUUUGAUCAGAUCUAUGGCAAUUAAGACAAUGUCAAUGAUCAAAACACAGACAAUUGUGGAUUAUAUUGAAGAACCUUUAAGAAGAACUUUACAAGAUAAUGAUCCAUAUGUAAGAAAAUCAGCUGUCUUUUGUGUUGCGAAAUUAUUUAAAAUCAAUAAAGACAUUUGCUUAAAGAUUGGUGUCAUUGACGAUUUGAUCUCAAUGGUUUCUAAUGAGACUAAUAGCAAUGUUUUAGCCGACUUAAUUAUUUCAUUAUUAGAAAUCAUUAGAUUUGAUUCAACUGAAAAUUCAAUAGUAACCAAGAAAAUUGAUAUUGCUAAAUUGAUUAAAGAUAAUCUUAAAAAAUUCUUGAGAUUUUUACCCGAUUGUAAUGAAUGGACAAGAGUUACAUUAUUAGAUAUCAUUUCUAGACAUAAUGCUAAGGAUAAACCUGAAGCCAAAAUGAUAAUCAAAGCUACUGCACUUUAUCUUUCAAAUAAUAAUGCCACUAUAAUAAUGAAUACAAUUAAAAUUAUACUUAAUAAUUUGAAAAUAAGUGGCCAAGAAAAUAAUGAAACUCUACUAAAGAAAAUAAGAUCAAGCGUUCUAUCACUGUUAAAUUAUUCUCCAGAGAUUCAAUAUGUUAUUUUAAAGAAUGUCAAUAUUAUUGUAACAAAAUAUCCUAAUUUAUUAUUAAAAGAUUAUAAUGUAUUUUUAAUUCAUGAUAUUGAACCAACCUAUAUCAAAUUAGAAAAAAUAAAAAUUUUACCAAAAUUAAUUGAUAAAAACGAUUCAAAACAAACCAAGAUAAUUAUUAAUGAAUUAAUGGAGUAUUGUCGUGAUUUUGAAUUGGAUAUAGCAUUAAAUUCAAUUAAAAGUUUAAUAGAAGUUGUUAUUAAAAGUGGCAAUACUAAAUAUCAGAAGAAUAUUGAAAACUAUCUAAUUUCAAUGUUGAUGCCUCAAGAUAUCUAUAGAGAUGAAUGCUUGAUAGGUAUAUGUAAUUUGAUUCGUUAUUUUAGAGCUGCAACUGAUUCAUUCGAAUUAUCAGAAGAUCUAAUAAAUUUCAUAAUUCAGGAUUUAGAUGAACCAGAAAUACAACUAAUUGAUCCACUUGCAAAGAGUAAUUAUCUAUGGCUUCUAAGUGAAUACUAUCAUACAUUUCAAAAUACCACUAUUGAAAAUGGGUUCAAUAUCGAGGAGAAACUAAAAGGGUUUUUAAAUAAUUUUAAUGAAGAAGAAGAUGUUACUCAAUUCAAUUUAUUAAUUACCUCUAUUAAAUUAUAUUUCCAACUUGCAAAUAAAUCUUUGAUACAUAAUGUUGUUAAUAAAUGUUUAACUGAUUCAAUCUCAGUAGAUUUGAAGGAUAUCAGUAUCAUAUAUGAUAGAAUAUUAAAACAUUCAGAAAAUUUAAAUGACUUUAGAUUAAUUAACGAAUUGGUUAGUAAUACAAAACUACCUCAAAUUAAUACUAGUAUCAACCAAUUAAAUGAGGAAUUAGUCAAUAUUUUAAUUAAAGAACUAGGUAGUAUCACUUCUAUUUAUUACCUCAAUCCAAAUAAAAUUCGUGAAGCAAAACAAAAUACAAACUUAGAAGAUAUAAAACAUUUAAAAUCAGAAAAUAUGGACGAUGGCGAUGAUUUACUAAUUGAUCUAGAUGAUAACGAUAACAGUCAUUCGAACGACUCUAUUAGCAAUACUAAUAACAAUACCAAUAUUAAUAUCAAUAAUAAUGCAAACAAGGCUAACUUUAAUAAUGAUAUAGAUCUAUUAGCCUUAUAG